UCAAAGCACGCCUUAAGAUAUGCAAGUGAUACGAGAACCAGCCUGAUAGAAGUUGCAGAGAAGGAGUUAAGCCAACAAGACUCCAAAUUCAGAGCCCCCGAAGCUUCGAGCUCAUUUUCUCUCCAUCUUUUCGACCAUUUUUUCUUCUUCUGUCGGUUUCACCCUCUCUCUCUCAUUUCAUUUUCACAGGCAAAAGAAGAAAAAAGAAUAAUAAUCUCUGCUCAAAUAAAACGCGUUAAUCGGCGUUGUUUGCUUUAUUUCGGAUCUGAGGUCGCAUGUUUUGUUGUCUGUUAAAUGAUCUACUGCUCUUCUUGAUCAGAAUUCAAAUGCAAGGCUUGGAUUAGGAAACGGAAUGAGACGGCUCAAGAGAAAAGAAAUACUGAAAUUUUUGUGAGUUGCGGUAUAAAAAUUUUGGCAGAAUUCAAGUCCUUGAUCAUGUUCUUCUGAAGUUUAUUGAAAGCUAUUGUUGAACUUCGUGGCUCCAGGAAGCUUCAGUCAUCGUGUCUUCAUCGUGUAUUGCCUUUGGUACACCCGUCAUGUCUCUGUCUCUCUCAAUUUACUUCAGUUUUGUUUGUUGUUUAAGACAGUUGAAGUACUGCUUGCUUUCUAGAGCCUCUAUCCUCCAAUCAUUUUUGUAGAACAUCACAUCUAGGGUUUGAGGUUUUGUAAGAGUAAUCUUCUCAGUCCUCAUCUAUUCCUUCCCUUGUGGGUUUUUAUAAUCUGAAACAACUGGACCUUUCUUGGUGACUGUAAUAAUGAGUUGGAACUUGUAACGUGGUUUGAGCUCCCUUCAGUGAUCAUUUUGGUGGUAGUUUGAGGUUUUGAUUUGUUGUGGCCCUGUUUGCUACUUAAUCUUUGUUGGUAUGGGGGACUUUAGAUCUAUACUCCCUCUUUGUGAAGGAGAGCAGCAUGUGAUUGCUGCAACUCAGCACUUGGUCAAGGCAUUAGGGGCAAGUAAAAACCUUGAUGAUGAUCUGAGAAAAAUCCUCUCACAGCUUGACAGCCACUUGUCUGCCAUGACUAUUCUCUCUCCUGAAAGCAGGGGUACAGGAUUUAGAGAGGUUGAGCAGCAGUUCAAAUGGGCUGAGGAGAAGAUCAGGGGUUGGGAGUCGAAUCAAUCACUAAUGUGGGACUCUGACCCUCUGGAAGCGUCCGAGUAUUUGAAAGCCGUUGUUGAAAUUCAGACACUGGUCGAAGGUUUACCAAGGUUGUCCAUGAGCGGCACUAGGAAGCAGAAGGAACUUCUUAACCGAGCUGAAAGCAUUCUGCAGACUGCAAUGUCAAGGCUCGAGGAAGAGCUAGUUCACAUUCUUGUUAAGCACAAGCAAUACUUUGAGCUUGGAAACAUGUCUUUUCAAUAUUGCGGAAAGGAUGUUGUUUAUGACGAAUCCUUCGUUUCAGUCGAGGACAUGAGAAUUGAAGAAGCAUCCCAGAGAAAUAAUAGUGGCAACGAAUCUGUGGACUGUGUUCCAGAUUUGGUCCAUCCACAAGUAAUUCCGCAUCUCAAGUCAAUUGCAACUGUCAUGUUUGCUUCAAGUUAUGAUCAGGAGUUCUGCCAGGCUUUCAUUAGUGUGCGCAGAGAUGCAUUAGAGGAGUACUUGGUCAUUCUCAAAGUGGAAAAGUUUAGCAUCGAGGAUGUGCUAAAAAUGGAUUGGAAUUGCUUGAACUUUGAAAUCCAAAAGUGGAUUCGUGCUUUGAAUGUCAUCAUCCGCUAUCUUGCAAGUGAGAAACGGCUCUGUGGCCAAGUUUUUGAGGACCUGGGAUUUCUUAAUCCAUUUUGCUUUGUGGAGAUAUCAAAGGUUUCAUUGUUGCACCUUUUGAAUUUUGGGGAUGCCAUUGCUAUGGGUACACCUGAACCACAAAAGUUGUUUCGCUUGCUUGACAUGUACGAGGUUGUGGCAGAUAAUCUUCUGUAUAUUGACACUUUAUUCUCUGAAGAGGCUGGUACUUGUGUUAGGAUCGAGUUCCACCAGCUGCUAAGGAGAUUGGCUGAUUCUGCAAGGGCAACCCUUUUCACAUUUGGAAAUGCCAUUGCGGCUAAUGCAUCAACAAGCCCUGUUCCUCGAGGUGAAAUACACCCCCUAACUAGGUAUGUCAUGAAUUACAUCAAGACCCUUCCCAUUUACUGCAGUAUCCUUAAUGUGCUUCUCAAGGACCAAAAUGCAGCUGCUUCAAAUCCAGUUGCUGAGCUGGAGAAUGGGCUGGAAGUUUCUUCUAUGGCAUAUUGUCCAAUGGCUUGCCACCUUCGGUCCAUCACAUGUAUUCUGGAAGCCAAACUUGAUAGCAAAUCCAAGUUAUACAAAGAUUGUGCUCUGCAACAUAUUUUCUUAAUGAACAACUAUCAUUACAUGGUCGAAAAGGCUAAGAGCCCUGAACUCAAACUUUUCUUUGGUGACGAAUGGAUCCGAGAGCAUAUUGUUAAAUUCAAGCAGCAUGCAACAAGCUAUGAAAGAGCCACUUGGAGUUCAGCUCUUUCUUUGCUUAGGGUUGGUAGCGCAGGGUCAAGUUCUACUUCAAAGACAAUUCUCAAAGAUAAGUGCAGAGGUUUCAUUAUUGCCUUUGAGGAGGUAUACAAGAGCCAGACAGGGUGGUCUAUCCCAGAUCCUAAACUCCGGGAAGACUUGCAAAUUUCAACUUCACAGAAAGUAGUCCUUGCAUAUAGGAAUUUCACUGGGAGAAACUCUGCUGAUAUUGGUGAGAAGUACAUCAAGUACACCACUGAUGAUCUGGAGAAAUAUAUCUUGGAUCUCUUUGAAGGGUCACCAAAAUCAUUGCAGAGAUCACGCAGCCGCAGGAACUGAAGAUUUCUAUUCUUUUCCUCAUAGAUAUGUCACGAAUGUAAUCGAUGUAAAUGUUUGUACCAUAUCAAAGCUGCCUAUAGUCCAAGUUAAAUUGGCUGUUAGUUUCUUUCCUGUAAAUUUUUCUGGUUUGCUGGGAUAAUUGGGCUAAUUUCCUAGGCAUGAAUAUUGCCAAAUUCUUGGAUUAUAAAUUUAAAAUAACAUGUUGAUUUUAGCA